CGAGGGCGCUGUAGUGGAAACAUGGCAGACGGCGAUCAAUGAAUCGUAGUACGGGAGUGAAUAAAGUGGUGUUUUGUGUAAUUAUGACUUAUAAAUGAAUAAAAGGCUUAUCGAAGGGCCAUGGGAAAAGACCAAGAACUGUUGGAGGCUGCGAGGAAGGGCAAUGCUGCGGUAGUUGAGAAGAUUCUUGGGCAAAGAGCGAAAAGGAGUGGUCCUCUGGCAAGUCUUCGAAGGGGACCAGGAGCGAAUGUUCAGGAUAGCAGUGGAUAUUCUGUUCUUCACCAUGCGGCUUUGAAUGGUCACAGAGAAAUCGUCAAAUUGCUCCUGGAACAUGAUGCUUCAACAAAUAUCGUCGACAGCAAAGGCUCGUCGCCCCUUCACUUGGCGGCCUGGUCGGGAAACGUUGAGAUUGUGAGAUUGCUGUUAUCAGGACCUUCCAUAUGCAACGUCAAUCUUACGACCAAAGACGACGAGACAGCUCUCCACUGUGCUGCCCAAUAUGGUCAUACUCAAGUGGUCAGCUUAUUACUAGAGCACGCCUGCGAUCCCGGAAUAAGGAAUUGCAGAGGCGAGACGGCCCUGGAACUUGCAGCCCAAUACGGAAG